GGCACGUUGUUAGGGGGUGGCGUUGUUGGUGGAGGGUUGAAAGAGGGGACGGCGAGGGGGUCAGCGGACGAGGGCGGCAAAGGCCUCGUCGUCGUCGUCGUCAGUCGCGUCACGCGUUUUCCAUUGACGACGUCGUUAUAAUACUAUCGGGGACUUUAAAAAGAUUCGAACGUUGUUUCCUCGGUGUUCGCUCUUUUACUUUUCACUCGUCGCACCAUCGCACAUCGUUCGAGCUUUGAUCGUCGCGCUGUCGUCUAGUAAAAAUAUAUACUAGACGCGAGGAAAGGAAAGAAGACGCACGUGACGCUUCGCCGUGAUCGGUCGAGCACGCCGCGGUAAAACGCGUCUUCUCUUAUCGAUCGAAAUGUGCCGCGCAGCAGCACGUUGCCGCAGUUCCGCAUGCAUGGCGCCUUCCACCUCCACCCUCGCGAUUUUCUAUGCUAUCGCCAACGAAAACACGAGGAUCUAACGAUGAGUUAUAAAUUCUUUCGAACGCCCCAGUCGAUCGUACUUGCCUUUGAAAUGUCCCUUUUUAUAUGAAAAAGAUAUCAUAUUACAAUUCGGACAACGGUUUGUCAUCCUUUCACAGAUUUCUUCCUAGGGGUGUUAUUAUCACCCCUCGAGCUCAUUUAAGGAAAAUUAUACACUCGCGUUUUUUUCUUUUUUUUUUUUUAUAUAUAUAUAUAUAUAUAAAUCCGAGCGAAUGAUUCAAGCGGCGAUCGAUUCAACGUUCGCGAUUCAAAGGUCGAUGCUUUUCGUUUAGGAAUUACGGAUGGCCAAUGGGAAUCGCGCUUUCUCCCGCCAAAACCGUGCCGCGUCGAGAAUACAAUUCUCGUUUCGCGAGCAAGGUUGCGCGCGCGUCUACGUGCGGCGCUUCAAGAUUCUUUCGUUGUAAGGAGGUUAAUCGAACCAAAGAAAAAAAAAAAGAAAUAAGAUCGAGCUCCGUUAUCCCGAGAUCAUGUCGUCGAUACGAUUAACUUUCGUCCAUGCUACCGGUCGCAUUUCUCCUACGAAGGAAAAGUCCUCGUAACAGGAAAGAGACGGAAGAGGGAGGAAUGAGGAGAUUCGUCCGGUGACGUUGUGCCACGCGCGGUAAUGCUACUGGCAAGCGGUGCCUCGAUACCGACCAUCGCCGGUGCCGUCGAGGAAGAGGAGGAGUAUGCGCGUAGCGAGGCUAACAGCGCGCACUACGAUGGAUACGUCACCGAUCAUACCGAUCUCGCUUCGGAGAUCGAUAUCGACGAGUCCGAGUAUAGGAGGGAACUUCUCAACGACAAAUGGCGGAUGCUGUUCGACAAGUUCGAUCCCGAGGGUUUCGGAGAGAUACCAUUGGAGGACUUUCUGGUAGCGUUAAAAAGUGCCGAAUGGAAAGCGGAAAUACCAGCGAACAAGAGAGAUAUCCUGCUAGCGAGGGUAAAAGAAUCGAAGGUCGACGCGAUUACCUUUCAGGACUUUGUCAAUGUGAUGAGCGGCAAGCGGACGAGAAGCUUCAAAUGCGCGGUCCACCAUCGGGACCGCGAGGUGUGCUCCGAAAACGACUUUCAUCUGCUCGUGCACGAGCCGCCGUUGUUUCGCAGGAUGGUCCGCAUGAUCGGCGACGAAUUCUUGACGGAGGAACGGGACCGAAAAUACUACGCCGACCAUUAUACUUGCUGUCCACCGCCCCUCUUCAUCAUUCUCAUCACCCUCGUGGAGUUGGGCUUCUUCACUUAUUACACCGUGGCAAAGGGCGAGGUGAAUCCCUCGGGUCCAGUACCGAUCGACAGUGUCUUCAUCUACAGGCCGGACAAACGCCUCGAGCUUUGGAGGUUCGCCUUCUAUAUGUUCCUUCAUGCUGGGUGGCUUCACCUGUUGUUUAAUCUGGGAGUGCAAGUGGUCGUGGGACUUCCACUCGAGAUGGUUCACGGAAGUUUGAGGAUCGCCGCAGUUUAUAUGGCUGGAGUCCUGGCUGGUUCCUUGGGUACCUCGGUGUUCGACACCGACGUCUAUCUGGUCGGAGCGAGCGGCGGCGUUUAUGCUCUUCUAGCGGCCCACCUCGCCAACGUUCUUCUAAACUACAACAAUAUGGAGUUUGGCAUAGUUCGACUUAUCGGCAUCUUCGUCAUCGCGAGCGCCGACGUGGGCUUUGCCAUAUACGACAGGUACGCGGCAGAACAAAUCUACGCGGGCCUACCGGUCUCUUACGUUGCCCAUCUGACGGGUGCCUUGGCCGGCCUGACGAUCGGCCUUUUGGUCCUGAAGAAUUUCGAGCAGCGAUUGCACGAGCAAUUGCUCUGGUGGGUGGCCCUUGGCGUUUACGCAGCCUGCACGAUCUUCGCGGUCAUGUACAAUCUAAUGCAUCCGAAUUAUCCAUGACGCGAGGUCAGCUUCGCGUACGGUCAACCGAGAAACACGUAACGCGAAGCUGAUGGCCCUUGGAAGAGAAAACGAAAAAAGAGAAAGAAGGGAAGGAGAAUUAUAAGAAAUAAUUGCGUCGGACGAAGAAAACGUCGAAAUAUUUUAAUGGAACAAGUUUCCUCUUUGUCGGGAUUAUCUCGAUACGAACACGCUGCGAAUCAUCGAAGGACGAAAAGAAGGAGGAAGUGGAGAAGGAGAAGAAGGAGGAGGAGGAGGAGGAGGAGGAGGAGGAGAAGGAGGAAUUGCGGCCGGUCACACGUCUCGAUCUCUUCGUAGUUUUCCUGCGUUAAACCAAAGAAUAGAGUAUAUACACAGGGAGAUAUAUUUUUGCAGAACGACAAGGAAGAUGAUGCGCGCAAGGUUUAUCAUUUUGCGCACUUCGACUAUAAGCGGAAAACGCGAAAGCCAAAGAACCAUAGUCCGUACGCAGGAAGAUAUUCGAAAAGUUUAACGUCGACCACGAUCUCCGGCUUUUUACUCGUUAACGCGAUCCCUUCGAACUUAAACAAAGGAACGAAAAAAGAAAAACUAAACGAAACGAGGGACGCGUAGCGACAUUUUUUCUUACGGCUCUUGUAUAUUAUUAAGUAUCGACGUCGAUCUCGAUGACGUGUUGCCCGCGCAGUCGUUCAUUGUAUACCAAUGUAAAUAGUCUUGUAAAUAAUAACGAAAGAAAAAUGAAAGAGAACGUUACGCGUACAUGGGCCGAGCGAGCGAGAGAGCAAGGAGAAUCGGAAUGAGUGAGCGAAUGAAAGAUAGAUAUAAAAUAGUGCGUAGAGCGUGGGCGAAACAAACAAACAAAUAGAAAAAGAGCGAAAAUUUGGAGAACGAGAGAAUGACGAAAAAAGAUUCGUCGACGAGUAACGAAAUAUUUUCCUUCGCUCGAUAGUUUUCCCACAAUCUCGUCCUUUUUCCCUCUUUGACACACUUUUUAAGAACGGCGUCGGAAAGAAACAGGAAAAUGGCGAUUACGUUACCAAAUUUCUUUCCUCUCCAUAUACUGCCAGAGCUUUUCUUACUUUUUCCUUUCUUUCUUUCUUUCGUUCGUUCGUUCGUUCGUUCGUUCGUUCGUUCGUUCAAUGAAAAUUCCUCACGUAUUUAACUUUUCUUUUUCGUUUGUCGUAUUUGUCCAUUUUUGUAUAGAGCAAUAACAUAUAUUUAUAUAUGAGAAAACGAAUCGUUAGAUAAUUUUCAAACGCAUCGAUACGCCGCUUAUUCGCUCGAUCCUCUUACUCCCUUCCUCCCUCCCUCUCUCUCUCUCUCUCUCUCUCUUUUACACAGUCACUCUUCGAUAUUCUCGAAAGAACGAUUCUCUUCUUUGGUGAUUUCAAAGUCACGACUCUUACGUAUUAUUUAAUAUAUAAGUAUACACAUAUAUAUAUAUAUAUAUAUAUAUAUAUAUAUAUAUAUAUAUAUAUAUUAUAUGUGUAUAUUGUCUGUAUAGUUUCUAAGUACGUUGAUCAGGGUACAACUAGAUUCUUCUUUUAUUUGCUAUUUAUACAUGCGACAAAUUUCUUUUUUUCUUUCUUCUUUUUUUUACACAAGGCAAAUGGCCACGGUAAAAAAUUUAAUUGUCGAUUAUAAUCAUAUAUAUAUACACACACAUCUAAGUUCACACGUUUAUGCGAUGCGCUCAUCUCAUUGUUACAGACUUUUUUGUCUCACCGAACGAAGCAGUUUUCUCUCUCUCUCUCUCUCUCUAUGUGUGUUAUCUCUUUCUCUUCUUAAUUUCGUUCUUAAUUUCAUACACGAAAACUCGUCUUAUUUAUUUUUACCAAGUGGUUAUUUCUUAUUAGAAAUUAAUAUGUCUCGGAAUGGUGGAAGAAAAGUAGAUACAAAAGGGAAGGAAGGAAAGAAAGAAAAAAGAAAAAAGCGAGAUCAAAAACGAGAGUGAUGAACGAUGCUAGUCAAUUAGUACCCACGAGAAAGCUACGUCGGGUUGUAGCUUAAGGUACUGCUAUGUUGUAACUCGCAGAAACGUCGAGAAAAACGGUGGGAGAAAUAGAGUGAAAAGCGACUCGACUGUGAAAGGGUUGUGUAAGAACAGAAGGAAAGAAAGAGAAAGAGAGAGAGAGAAAAAAAAAGAAAUGGUCGGUGACGAAGGUAUCCACUUUAAAUAGCUACAAUGUUCUAUGUUACAAUGCAAAAAGAAAAAGUGUGUGUGUGAGAGAGAGAGAGAGAGAGAGAAAGAGAGGGAGAAAAACAGUACUACAACGAGAUGCUGAAAAUUGCAGAGACGAUGACACGAUUGUCUUGUUCUACGUUGCUGCUGAGAUAGUACCGAUACUCGAAUAAUUAAAUUCGUAUGAGUCCCGGGAAGAGAUGAGAAAAAGAGCUAUAUCGAACUACCGUUUGAGGUCAUGGUAACAUUCUUUUAUUCUCUUUUCUCUCUCUCUCUCUCUCUCUCUCUCUCUCUCUCUCUCUCUCUCUCUCUCUUUUUUUCUCUCAUCAUCUACAAAAUUCGAUUCCCAAUGCGGCUUUAUUUAACAGAGAGACACUGUAAAUGAUUACCAACGUCGUUUUCGACGUACUUGUGAGUUUCUCCGUUAUCUCAUUAAUAAAUGGUAGUUCCGUUACAGAACUCCUUUUCUCGAAUAUAUUUUGUGGUGAUAUCGAAUGUAAAGAUACCUCGAUACGGAAUGUUUUUUAUUUAUUUUUUUUUUUUUUUCAAUUUUUUUUUUUUUUUGUGACGAAUGUAUUACAGAAAUGAUUAAUAUCGUAAUAGUUCGGGUUAAUCAAUUCGUAUCGUACAAAAAAUGGAAUAUAUGACUGGUGCUCUUCAAUAUUCUAUGCAAAUGAGCUUAGGAAGAUAAUGAUUGGAAAACCGUACGAUCCUUUUUCGAUGUCAUUUGCAUGUUAUUGAAAAACGGCGCGGCCCCUUUGGUAUUACAUUUCACCCGAUUUAUAUCAUCGCUAAGCUCAUUGAUAUGUACUUUUUACGAGCGAUAUCACUUGUAUAAAUGAAUGAGAAAAAAAAAGCAAGGGAAAAACAAUGAAUGAGAACGUGGCUUGUCAUAUUGGUUCUAUAUUUCUACGAUCGUUGGUAAAGAGCAUUUAAAGAGUUUCGUUCUCGAGCAUACAACACUGCCCUUCAAAAGGAAAGAGGAAAAAAAAGAAAAAAGAAAAAUCAGGAAGGAAGGGAGAAUUUCGUCUAAGAAUAAUCGAGCGAUUAUUCCCUUCCCUUUGUUUCAUCUUGUCUGUUUUUUUUUUCUUCUUGCUAUCCUUUUAUAUCGUCUAUUCAUCAUCACCGUCAUUAAAUUAAUAUUAUUAUUUAUUUUCGCGGAAAAUCAAUUGAGAGAUUUUCCUCCUUUCGACCUCGAUACACCACCUAUUCAUCGCUUUAUGUUCGUUGGUUUUUAAUUAUCGCGUUCCAUUAACCGAUAUCCGUAGGACGACAGUAUUGCUCGCGGAACCACUUUUCAUUUAAUUAUCGCGAUCAUCGGGAAAGUUUCUUCGGAAAAAGUAAUCGAGAGUACUUUCCUUCGGAUAUAUUUGUUCCUUUUUCUUUUUCUUAUCUCGUUUUAAACAUUUUUUUUCUCUUUUUUUCCUUUUUUUAUCAUCAUCAUCAUCGUCGUCGUCGUCGUCGUCUUCGUCGUCGUCGUCGUCGUCGUCGUCGUCGUCGUCGUCCGUCGAAGCCGAUAGGAAAACAAAAUUCGAUCGAUCGCCUUCUCCGCCGUUUAUUUCGACGAUGCAUCGGGAAUCUCGAUUUUCCGCAAAGUUAAAAAAAGUUUUUAAUUAGUUUAAUUAGUUCCCGUUGCGUCGCGUACCUCCUGCGUGUUUAUUUUAAAUGUCAGAAAAUAUGGUUUAUAACACUGCCACAACACACAAUUUUCAGUUAAAAUCCACGGAAAACGAAUUUUCCCUUUUCCCCGCCAUCGCCAUCAUCCCUAUCGCACGAUCAUCGACUUUACAAAGCUAAUUAACGGGACACGAUCAUUGCAUUCACGUUGAAAGUCUAAACUGAUAGCGAGAAUAUGUGUGUGUGCCGUGCCUGUACGUGUGUUACGCCUGAUGCGCAUUAAAAUACGAUAGCGAUAUAUGAAUAUACAUAUAUAUACAUAUAUACAUAUAUAUAUAUAUAUAUAUAUAUAUAUAUAUAUAUACAUAUCAAAAUAGGUACGCGCUGCGAUAUCAGCGUAUGAGAAGAGUUGCGACUAAUGUUAAUAAUAAUUUAUACUGCUUACGGUUAGUCACGAGUAUCCACAAGCCAAAGAGGUGGAGCUAGUAACAAAAUUUCAAGCGAUUACUAAUUAUUAUUAUUAUUAUUAUUAUUAUUAUUAUUAUUAUUAUUAUUAUUAUUAUUAUUAUUAUUAAUAUUAUAUAAUUAUUUUUAUUAUUAUUAUUAUUAUUAUUAUUAUAUUAUUGUCCUCACCAUCGUCAUAGAAAAUCGUUUUUAUUAUCGUCGAAAGAAUCGACGUUGCUCAGCCGACGCCGAGCCGUUUAUAUUCGUUCAUCUCCUGUUAUUGAGCGUUCGAGACAAUUAAUCAUUCUGCUCCGUACAAAACGUGAUAACGUCAAGUCCUCGCCUAGAAUAUUUCGCAUAGUAUUUCUGUACGCGUUCACCGCCAAAAGAGGUGCGUUUUAAAGAUAAAAGAAAGUCUGAAGAAGAAGAGAAGGCGGAAGGAAAGGGAAGCGAUGGUAUUUAAUCGAUAGAUCGAAAUAUCUUGUACGUGCAUAUAGUAUAUACGCGUAUUAAAAUAUAUAAGGAGUCUCCUGACAAACGUUUUAAUCGACUCGAUUAAUCUAAAAUUACUAUCUAUAUAUAUAUAUAUACUUACAAGAAGAUAAUUAUACUAUACAUCGCCAAGCGCGCACGUAAUGAAAAAGAAAAAAGAUAAGAAAAAAGAAAUAAUCUUGUUAAAAACGAGUCGAUCUAAAUGAGGCACCUUCUAUAUAGAUUACGUCUUAUGUAAGUACGUAUGCACACGCAUAUAUUUUUUGGAAAAUUCAAUGAAAAGCAAUGUGUUAUUUAUUAUGUUUUAGUAAUUCCAACGUCGACACGUCGUAAGAAAGAACGAUGGAAGGAACGAACGUUCGGAAGAAAAAGCGUCGCAAGUUUUCGAACGUUUUAAUCGUCCAUAUCGGACAAUAGCGAAUACAUAGAGAAAAAAAAUGUAUUUUCGUUGUUCUUUCGAGUUGGAACGCGUUAGGAUUUCCCGAUCGGUGGUGAUCGUAACUCGCGAGGAUACUCCCUCGAUGUCCUCCUCUUCGGAUUUAGAAAUGUCGACCAAGAAAAAAAAAAGGAAAAAAAAAACAGAAAAAGAAAAAAAAUGAUACUUUGCUCGGUCCUAAUGCGUCGAAUGAAAAAUAAAUUCGAGCGAGGUAUCAUUGUUUUCUCAUUCGAUGAAUCGAUGGAACUUAGUAAAAGGUAAUCGAUACAAUUAUUACUUAUUAGAUAUUUAAUAUCUAGCGAUUUAUUCUGAUUAUUUGAAAUUUCUUCUAAUAAUCAAGUCGCAAUGUAAUAAGUAGAUAAUUGUAUCGUCGAGCCUGUAAUAUAAUUUUUCAUUCCAAAGAUUAAUAGCAAAGCGUUAUUUUAGUCGGGCCUUUUUGUAUAAUAACCAUUUCGCGAAUGAGAUAUUGUAGUAGCGACGAUCGAUAUUAAAAGAGAACGUACUAUUUUAUCGAUAGGAGGGCGAGCUUUUUUACUAUAAAUGAAAAAUAAUAAUAUCUACCGUGAAAUAUAAUCGCGGGUAUCGGAUAAUAAAAAAAAUUUGUCAAAAAGAGAAACAUUUUGAGCCGAUUGUAUAUCAAAGAAUUACUCAAAAGCGAGAAGUCGAUUACCGUCGAUAAAGGGGAUGAUUUUGAUUUGAAGAGCGACCCCAUUUUGGACCAGUCCUCUUUACGAAAAAAAACGUCGCGGCUAGGUAAAGGCACUUACCAAAUGCGCGUAUCGAUAACGCGCAAGAUACACGUUCCUUAGGUUUUAAACGAUAUUAUCUGCCCGAUACCGUCUCUACUAUGAGAAUGUUUGAAAGAGAAAGAGCGAUCGAUUUAUUACUAAUCGUCAGGGAUAUGUAUGACCAACAUUCGAUAAGUAUGCGUCCGUGAGAAUGAGAGAGUGAAUGAGAGAGAGAGAGAGAGAGAGAGAGAGAGAGAGAGAGAGAGAGAAUAAGAGAUCAAACUUAAAGAAAAAUAUGAUAAGAAAAGCAAGAGGAAGAAAAUACCGUCAAGUCGGUAUCGUCGCAUUUAUUUCUGUCUGAAAUAAAUCCAUUAAAAUAAUUAUUAUAAUUAUACCAUUUGUCGUUACCACUUACUUUCCACACACGCAUCACUGUCCCAUUACAUUUAUUUCAGAUUAUUUCUUCGUCAAUGCAUCGAUACAACUUUCUAGGUGUACGCAGGUAAUACGUUCGUAACGGGAAUAAUUACUUGAGUCUUUUAAUAAUUUCUUUUUUUUUUUGUUUUUUCUUUUUUUUUUUUUUU